AUAAUACUGGAAUUUAUGUACACUAGUAUUGCACAAUUUUUAUUAAUGAUUCACGUUUCCGCCUCACCUAGAUUGUGGUUUAUGAAAAAUUAAGAGAGAGAGAACAAAAAAAAAAGCAAAGAUUAAACAAAAUCAAACAAAAAAACAAGAAACAAAAUCAUGGGAGUUUUCAGUUCGAAAGUUACGCACGCAAACAUGGCCUCCCCGACCGCAACCCUCGUCAAGGAAUGGAUCAACAGCGACGCGGUGGUCAUCUUCUCGAAGACUUACUGCCCCUACUGCAAAUUGGCGAAAGAUGUGUUUGAAAAGUGCCAGAAAAAGUACACAGCCAUCGAGCUGGACAAGAGGGACGACGCGGACGAGAUCCAAGCCAUCCUGGGAGAGUUGACAGGUGCAAAGACCGUGCCCAGGGUGUUCGUGAAGGGAGAAUGUCUAGGUGGCGGGUCGGACGUCAAAGCGUUGUACGAGAACGGAAAGCUGGAGAAAUACUUUGAAUAAUACUUAUUAGGCUAUAGGAAGAAAUGCGCAAAAAGAUAAUAAAUGAUUAUUAUUUAAAUAGA